AUGGAGCUUCAAUCCAAAAAACUUCAAUUCUUAACAAUUAUGACAGUUGGAUGCAGAUACUAAUGAACGCGAGUUCACCGACGUUAAUCCAGCUAAAUUUGAAGAGAAUUCAAAGAAUUGUCUGGAAUUUGCAGAUUAACCUUUCCGAUCGUUACAAGAGGUGGACUAAUCAAAAAUCAAACAUACCUAUCGACAUUGCUGCAGUCAGUCUUGAGAUAUUUUUUUGGAAUUCAAAAGACAAUAGGAGGUUAAUAGAAAAUAAAUUCCGCAUUCAAUUCACCUCAAAUUUGCUUUUGUACAUCGGUAAACAGUAUAUAAAGGCGAGUGUUGUGAUGCACCGUUGAAUUCCUAUCGCAAUGCACUUUCCACAAGCACUCUGUUCGCUCGUCUGGGUUUUUGGAGGAUUUUGUCAGUGUAAACCCUCGUCGAAAAUCCUAGGUGGUAGUGACGUUACAUCCGCCGAAACAUAUCCGUAUCAGGUAUCAAUAGAAGCCAAGACUGGCUUUCAUGUAUGUGGUGGUUCGAUUAUCGAUCGAUCAUGGGUGUUGACUGCAGCACAUUGCUCUGUGCAAAACGGUUAUCAAAUCGUUGCCGGCACAGUUGACAGGAGAUAUGGUGUGAGAAAACUUAUCUCGUCCGUACAAAUGCAUCCAGACUAUGAUGAAGCACGUCUACUCAAUGACAUUGCAUUGGUUCGCGUCUUUGGUUCAUUUACAUUUUCUGACACCAUUCAACCGAUCAGAUUGGCUGAUAGGCAUCCCCCUGACGAUUCGAUUGCAACUGUUACCGGAUGGGGUCUUGUAGAAGUUAACGGUUUGCCUCCGAACCAACUGCAAGUUCUUCUUGCUCGAGUCGUAGGUACUAGGGAAUGUAAAUUUUUUUGGACUGCUUUCAUGAGUAGUGCUCAUCAUAUUUGCACGCUUAAGAAUAUUGACCAAGGAGUCUGUUUGGGUGAUUCCGGCUCGCCACUUCAAUUCAAUGGCGAACAAGUCGGUAUUGUAUCAUUCGGAACUUUAGCAUGUGCAGUUGGUUAUCCGGACGUGUACACACGCGUACCGACCUACAAAAAAUGGAUCUCAGAUGUCACUGGCAUUCAAUUUUAGGACACUCUGAAUGUGGUUAACAACACGUUUAUUAAAUACAAAAAAUAAAUUAAUAAAUUACUCAGAGAGAUCGUCAAAAAGUUUA